AUUAUUUUCAGCCAUAAAUUCAUUGAUCUCCAAGAAUAAUUCUAACAGAUCAGAAUAAGUGGGAGCUCGAACACAAACAGCAAGAACCACCAAGCGACCAAGCCUGCAAGUCACCAAGGGAGCCCGAUCUGAGUCAAGCGAGUCUUCCCGUUUCAUCGCCUGGAAAAAGGCGAGAAACCCCAAAGCGAAGGAACAGCAGCGCGAGUGCUAGCAGCAGCAGCGAUUCCUUCGCCAUACCGUUCGCUGCGCUCGCUCACUCGGAUCGAAACCCCCUAGGGUUCGCAUCGUCCUCCCGCCAACUCCUAUCCCUCCCCUCUCCCUCCGCCGCGCGCGCGCGUGGAGCUACCAAACCCUAGGACGGCAAAUCCGGUGCGAUCGCCCACGGUGGAGGCCUCUCGGCCGCCGAGAGGAGCCGCUCGGGGCUCGGAUCAGGGUUCCGGUACUUCGCCGGUGCCGCCUCUGGGUGGUGGGACCGGUGGAUGGUCAUGGGAGCCAGCGGCUCCAAGCUUGAGAAGGCCCUCGGAGACCAGUUCCCGGAAGGCCAGCGCUACUUCGGCCUCGAGAACUUCGGCAACACCUGCUACUGCAACAGUGUCCUUCAGAAAUCUGGCCAAACAGCAAUAUCGUGCAUAGGGAGCAGCACUGCUAGACCACAACACUAUCGGGAUGAGAAGUUGCACUGUCAGGCUGAGAAGUGGCACCGUCGUGCUGCUCCGAGAGAUUUCAGAUUUGGCUUCCUUCAGAUAUUUGGGUUUUGAUGUCUUAGAGGUUUACGUGAAGUUUUGGAAGAUAAGCCAAGAUUGUCCAAAGCAAUAUUUUUAUUGGCUCUCAUUCAUCCCCUUUGGUAACCUAAUCUAAUGAUUCCAAUAUAGUUAGAAAAUCAGCUUAUGGCUAUAUAUAUUCUACAUAUUACUAUUGUAUUGAUCAUUAUUGUCAUUCACUCUACUCCCAUUUACCUACAAAAAAGGAAAUUUUAAUCUAGCUGUAGCUUGGACGAACAAAAUUGUUGGUGAUAAGAUCUCCACUCAAAGGUCCGAAUUGAUGAAAUCCAUGUUUAGGUAGUUUUGUAGGAUAUGGUUGUCAGCCAAAGCCAAAGGAAAAACACUUUGAAGAGCUUAGAAGCAUACAAACAAGCCAAAAAUAAAUGAAGACGAAGAUACGAAAAGCCUAAGUUUUGUUAUAUAAUGUAGAUAUUUAUGAACUUUAACAGUGUUUUGUUAAAAUAUUUAUAAAUUUUAUCAGGGUCAACUAACCUCGAUAAAUACCCCUAAAUUAGCUCCUGGUGAUGGGUCCUUAGCGGAAUCAAAGGUUGAGAUAUCUCCACCAUAACGAAUCUUUGUCAACGCCCUAGUGUACAAGCUUUACACCUAGUCAGCGGGCGACACUGAAUGACCCUCAUCUUUUUUCUUUACUUUGGUCAACUUGAUUUUCUACGCCUCUUUGUGUUUCUUAGCCAACUCAUCCACCUUCGACAAGGAAAAUAUAAGGACUCAAUACUAGAAGAAUAAUGCAAAAAUAAAUGAAAGGUGAAUAACCAACUUGUUGGGGCCUUGGUCUUUUAAAGGUCCUUAAAAACACGUUUAACCAUUGGUUGCCAAGUAUUAUAGGAGCUUCGGCACUAGAACACCUUCGAUGCAGGACAUUAGAGGGGCGACGAAGCUAACUUUGUCAUAGCGACACAGGGAGACGAUGCAAGGAAGAGUCAUCCUGAAUGCUAAAAGCAAAAGACAAUGUUGCCCUUGCAUUAUUUGUAAAUCAUGUGUGUAGUCCUUGUGGGUGUAAAUGUAAUUUCGUACGAAGUUGUACGAUUCUCUAUAAAUAGAUGAAUAGUGUCCUGCAUAAAUUACCUUUUGGAGGGCAGGACAAUUGUUGUGUAAUCUUUUCUCUAAAGCACCUUCGCUCUUCGCUCUAAUUCAUUCUGUGGAACCUUCGAAAGAGGAGAAAUACGAUAUUAUAUUUAUGCAAUUAAGUCAUGACUUGUCUGGUUAAGUCUCAACCUUCGUUUUCUGCUUAAGAAUGAAGAUUGAUUAUCUUUUUAACAUUGUGUUGCCUUUUUAUGAUUGUACAUAGCAAUCCGAAGCAAGUGACCAACACAACUUUUUUCAUAUUAGCUUUGACAUUGGCCCGUGCUACCUCAUUCCCCCUUUGCUGCACAUCCUUAUGUUUGAAGGGGUUUGGAUGUUGUUCACCAAAGUGUUUAAGUCCUAGUGUCAUCAUCUUUAGGUGGGAGCAAUCAGCCUUCUCUAGAAUGCAGGCAAUGCCUCGUGCAUUGGCCAAGGCGUAGUAGUCACCACUUGAAUCCAAGACAGGGGAAAAACCUUUAACCUCGCCAUCCAUCCAUCUAAGAGCUUUGCUGGUAUCCGCAUCCUUGAAGAUCAUCUGCUUCGGUCGUGCCCUAACCAAAGAUAAGGUAUCAUACAUGUGUUGCUUGCAGCAUGAGCAUAUGUCGUAGAGAGAAUCCACUGUUGAUUGCAUAGCAGCCAUGGAUAUUAGCAAUUGAGUGGUCUUUUUCUUCUCUUCAGCAAGUUCGUCAAAGAUAUCAUGAUUCUUCUUGUUACCUUCGACAAGCUGAUGUAGAAGCCCAAAAAUUUCUGAAUUGUUUUCUUCCUGUUUCUUGAUGGCUUCGGCACUAAUCCUUUUAUACUUGGCCUCCAAGACAGACUGAAUUACAUCCUUCUGCUCCGUUAGACCCUUGACCAUGUUUUUGCAUUCAAGAAAAUCUUUGGACAAAGUAGUUAGCGUUUUAGUGUUUUUCGCGGUGUCUUUUCUUAGCUCGCUGACCUCUUUUCGAAGUUGGGAGAGUUCCACAUCACUUUGUGCUUUGAGGACCUUGCUCAGUUUUAGCCCCUAAAACAAGGCAAAGGAAACUAGGUUUCAAUGACAAGGCAUGGAAAAACUGUAUGAUAAAACAAAGUUAGGUUAAUAGUUUGAACUCAUUAUAGAAAACGAAUUAAUCCCGCGUGGGAUACUGUUGGGGGCCAAUGAAAUCUAUGUUUGGAUAGUUUUUUAUGUUAUGGUUGUUAGAAGCCGAAGAAAAAAAAACUCUUUGAAGAGCUUUGGAGCACACAGACAAGCCAAAGAUACAUGAAAAGGAAGAUAAAGGAUUUCGGCUCCAUAGUAAAGGAUUUCGGAGAAGAGAAGAUUAAGGGAGCGUCUACAAAGAGAAGACGUGCCCAACACGCCUAUGCAACAAUAUGACAUUGUUGUACUCUCCUAAAUAUUAAAGCAACUUUGUAAUAGGGAGGGAUAGAAAUUUUAUUUUACAUGGAGAUAUAACUGAGCCCGACCUUAUAAAUAAAUGAACGGUACCACCAUUCUGAAGGGCUGGCCAUUUGUAGAUUUCUUGUCCAUGCCUCCAUGGCAUUUCUGUGAUUAGAGAGUUUCAGAAUUUAUUGAUAUGUUGAAACUAUUGUAU